UCCCGGGAGUCGGUGAGGCGGCUGCAGGCCCCUCCCUGCGGAGCCGCUGGUCCGGCGGGCGGGGAUGUGACCGCGGGCCCAGCCAGCCUGCCUCGGGCGUCGCCACAGCUCCGGUGUCAGUGCCCUCAGCCCACACCGAUGGCAGGGUCCGGCUGUGCGUGGGGCGCGGAGCCGCCGCGGUUUCUGGAGGCCUUCGGGCGGCUGUGGCAGGUCCAGAGCCGCCUGGGUAGCGGCUCCUCGGCCUCGGUGUAUCGGGUGCGCUGCUGCGGCACCCCAGGCUCGCCGCCCGGAGCCCUCAAGCAGUUCUUGCCGCCUGGAACCACCGGGGCUGCGGCCUCGGCCGCCGAGUAUGGGUUCCGCAAAGAGAGAGCAGCGCUGGAGCAGUUGCAGGGUCACAGGAACAUCGUGACUUUAUAUGGAGUCUUUACAAUCCACUUCUCUCCAAAUGUGCCAUCACGCUGUCUGUUGCUUGAACUCCUGGAUGUCAGUGUUUCGGAAUUGCUUUUAUAUUCCAGUCACCAGGGUUGUUCCAUGUGGAUGAUACAGCAUUGUGCCAGAGAUGUUCUGGAAGCCCUUGCUUUCCUUCAUCACGAGGGUUAUGUCCACGCAGACCUCAAACCGCGGAACAUACUGUGGAGUGCAGAGAACGAAUGUUUUAAACUCAUUGACUUUGGACUCAGCUUCAAAGAAGGCAAUCAGGAUGUAAAGUACAUUCAGACAGACGGGUAUCGUGCUCCAGAAGCAGAACUGCAAAAUUGUUUGGCCCAGGCUGGCCUGCAGAGUGAUACAGAAUGUACCUCAGCUGUUGAUCUGUGGAGCCUAGGAAUCAUUUUACUGGAAAUGUUCUCAGGAAUGAAACUGAAACAUACAGUCCGAUCUCAGGAAUGGAAGGCAAAUAGUUCUGCUAUUAUUGAUCACAUAUUUGCCAGUAAAGCAGUGGUGAAUGCCGCAAUUCCAGCCUAUCACCUAAGAGACCUUAUCAAAAGCAUGCUUCAUGAUGAUCCAAGCAGAAGAAUUCCUGCUGAAAUGGCAUUGUGCAGUCCAUUCUUUAGCAUUCCUUUUGCCCCUCAUAUUGAAGACCUGGUGAUGCUUCCUACUCCAGUGCUAAGACUGCUGAAUGUGCUAGAUGAUGAUUAUCUUGAGAAUGAAGAGGAAUAUGAAGAUAUUGUGGAAGAUGUAAAAGAGGAAUGUCAGAAAUAUGGACCAGUGGUAUCUCUGCUUGUUCCAAAGGAAAAUCCUGGCAGAGGGCAAGUUUUUGUCGAGUAUGCCAAUGCUGGUGAUUCCAAAGCUGCUCAGAAAUUAUUGACUGGAAGGAUGUUUGAUGGGAAGUUUGUCGUGGCUACAUUCUACCCACUGAGUGCCUACAAGAGGGGAUAUCUGUAUCAAACUUUGCUUUAAUCCUAACCUGAGGACUAUUUCCUGUUUCUCCUCUUCCAUUUCCUGGGUUAUUCUACUCCACAGCUGAAUGCAGUAGUACCUCUUUACUGUUUUAAGGAGGAACUUUGUACAUUUAUUUAAUCCUAUGAAUGUGCAGCCAUUGUCCAAGCAGUGGCUGCAUUGCAAACAUUUGGCACUGAGUAGGACAAGACCUCUCAGCUAUACAUUGAGGGGUUUAGAGCAUCCAUGUGGGCAACUUUUCUUUUUCUUUUUUUUUUUUUUUUUUUUUUUGUGCAGUAGGGCAAGGUGCUGCUCUUCAGUAUGUAACCUUAAAAUUAAUUAUUUUUGUGAUCAUGAAACAAGGAUGAAUAAUAUGUUGUAGUGAAUAUUAACAAAUUUGUUAGGGCUGGUGACAUCAUUUACAGACUAUUACUUUUGUCGCCAGGUGGUUCUUAUAGUUGAUAUCUGUAGCUGGCACUGGAUGCUCUCAGUAACGUUAAGUAAUUGUCAAGCAACAGUUACCUACUGUGUUCUUAACACUGAGUUGUGAAUUUUUUUAAAGGAGUACUGUAGUACUGAAUAUUCCUUUAAAGAAACUGCAGUGAGCCUAUCUACUUUUUUUUUUAUUAUUAUUAAGGCUUUUAAAAUAGAAAGCUGAUGCUUGAUCUUGCACAAUUUUUAUGUCCAGUAUGUAUGCUUGAGUGAGUGUGCAGGUGUGAAAGUUGGAGAAAAUUUGAGUCAGUGUACUUUAUAGUGUGAAUCUGGUGUUAGUGUAGUCCAUACCCAUCUUUUCCCUACCUGUUUCACAUCUGUAAAAUUUAGGGUGUAUGUUUUUUGAGAAUUGGUCUGAUAGAAUAUGUAGAUGACAAAACAGUUCAUUCCUGAGAGGCACAGAACAAGUUGGAGUCUAUACUGGGGUUAUAUUGAAACUCUUAAAGGUGAUUGGAGCAAAAUUUUUGCUACAUGUGAAUCACCCCAUUCUUCAACCUACUUUAGAUUUUAGACUCUGGAUUGGCUCAUCUUUGUUGUCCUGAAUCUCCUGUGACAAUUAAAAGAUUUCCCAAAAUGUGUUUCAACUUACUAUGAUAGUUACUUAAGGUGGAUUCAAAAGAAAAAAAAAUUAGAUGCACCGUGAAGAGAAAAAGAAAAAAAUAAGGGGGAUAAUCAGGAUUCUUUUUUUUUUUUUUUUUUUCUGUCUCUGGCUCUCAUCCAUUUCCACGCCUUUUCUUUCCCCUUUCUCAUCCCCUUUCUCAUUUUCUGCCUCUAUCCUAAGCUGAAGAGAAGCUAAGGGAACUAUAUCCCAGGUGGUCUGGCUUUUGACUACAAAGAAAUUAAGACAAGUAUUGAUAGAAUAAAGUGGAAGUAGAAAGGAAGAAAAACUAAAAGAAUUUUUAAAAGGAUUCAUAGCUAUCUAAUGAGUCAUGAGUUCAUGGACACAGAUUGAUUACAUGAUUUUAAGAAUUAUAAUUAUGGAUCCCUGUUACUUUAUGAUAGAUUGUCUUUAAAGAUAUAAAAAUUAGGAAAACUUUAUAAAGCACUGAUUAUACAAGAAAAAGACAAGUUGUAUACAGGUUAUGAAUUUUUUCCUGUUUCAUUGCCUGAAUGAUAUUUCUAUUUAUUAUUAAUUUUUUUUCCUAAGGAAAAAGUCCUUUAUAUCUUUCUCUGCUGAAAGCCUCCUCAUAUAAUCUUGUAUGUGUCAUGCAAGUUACCAAGAGCUCAAUCAGAAUUUACAUCUUAGAGAAGGAAGAUUUUACUCUAAUCAAACAGUCACUAUUUAUCCUUUUAGUUAUUUAUAGUUAUCCAAUUAUUCAGGACUCUCCCUUAAUAUUUAUUAUAAAGCCGAAUUUGGAAUAAUGAGGCUGAUUUAUGAAUUACCAAAGGGUCUUGUAGCAUGGUCUUCAAUAUGUGCCCUUAGAAGGAAGAACUGUUAUUCUUUAUUUUGGAGCUUUCUGAGUUCGAUUUCAAACUUCCUGAUUCGUUUUCAAGUCAAAAUUCAAGAAUGUAGAACCAGUAAUGUGAAGACCUAGGCUUUCCUAAAAGAUAAAUGUUCAUAUGGGUAACAGCUUCUGUGGUGAUUAAAAACACCAGGUCCUUACUUGCAUACUGAUGAACACAGAAUACAAAUGAAUUCUUUUUAAGGGCAAGUAUUCUAAGUUAGCGUAUUUACCUUUCCCCCCAUUUCUUAUUCCCUCUCCUCCCAAAAGAGAAAUCAUUGCAGAAAAACUGCAGUCAGGCCAGGCUUCAGAGCUCAGUUGUGUAGUAUGCUGCUAGCAUUGAUGCUGAACUCAGCAGCAUUCUUUUAUCAUCUUAUUGCUGAUGUAUUUAUAUGUAUGUGUAGUGUUUAUCAAAUUUUAUUACAGAAGAUGCUAACUAGAGUUUUAGGGAACUAAGGGAAUAGCUGAUGUGCCCAAGUAAUCAUGCAUUGAAUUCAAUAUUUUAUAUUAAACCCUCAGUGUUGAAAAAAGAUGCCUCCUGUCACUUAAAUUGUCCUUUUAUAGCUCUUAUCCCACUUUACCAAAGAUGACACUUAUAGGUUUUCUUUCCUUCUCUGAUAUUUUCAGAAGUUUAAUCUUAAUGUCUUUCUUAAACUUGAACUAAAUGUUACCAGAAGAUUCAGUGAUUCUUUGGGGAUGAAAUAUAUUUGUGGGGAUUUUGAUUCCCUUAAGUUACUGAAAAUUUAGAAAUUUUGUAAUUGAGAAACGUGAUAAAGAUGUGAGAAUUCAUAUCACUUAAGCCCUUCUCUUUUAGGAACAUUUUAUCUCAGGUAGUUUUUCUUUCCUCAAAUUGAUACAUGUACUUCCUUCUCUCUCCUUCCCACUUUAUUCUUCAUUGUUUCAUGGUGUUGCUGCAGCAUAUUUUGCCCCCAGAAAAAUCAGGUAAAUUGAUUAUUCUACAGAAAAUCUUUGAUCCUUUAAAAACACAUUUGGGAAAGGUGGCUAGCUAGCCAUUAUCAAAACUAGAGGAGAGCAGCAAGUAGAGUUAGAUGCCUCAGUUAGAGAUAGCACUAGCUAAGAGUAAGUCCUGGCUGGAUUUUAGAGGAAUUAAAAAUAAUUUAUCCUCUUGCAAUAAGAGAUCUGCCUUUAAUACCACUGGAUGUCUUCCUUAUUUUGUGACCAUCAUUAUAGCAACUCUCUUUAGAGAAAUUCCUUCUCUGCUAUACCUUGAGCCAAAAUUGUGGUUGCUUUUAGAACAAAAACAGUUUUUCUGAUCUUUCUCUUUGCUAUGAUCCAGAGAAGUGUUGCCUUCAUUUUGGUAAUCUAGCUGCUAGAGAGUGCUGAGAUAUGUUAAAUUAACCCGCCAGAAAUAUGGCUGCCAUGUAGGUAGGGAAAGUUGUAGGAACUAUGGGUGUAAGGCUUGUGUUUUAUUUUAUUAUACUGGACUUUCAGUCUGGUAAUGGCAUCAGUUACUUUUCUGGAAUAAAUUGAAGGCUGAGCUAGAAUACUCAUCAGAUGCUGUUUUAUGGCUCUUUUAAGUUCAUUUAUCAAAAGCAAGUGACUAUCAUUUUGGCAUCACUUUCUUAGGUUUUAUUUUCCAACUUUAUUACAUUAGGCCUAUCUUACAUAAUUAUCAGUUAUACUUGGCAGCAUGGCAUUUUAUUUUUUUAUAAUUUAGUGAAAAUCAGCACCAUAGAAAUUGAUAGUGAAUAGAAUAGUUAAUGGGUGAGAAAGUGAGAGAGACACCCAGUAACCACAUGUUUUACCUGGACUCUUAUGCAAGGGUAUAUGCUAGAUGGCUUCAUUCAGAUUAUGAUACAGAUGGAAUCACAUCUUGACUUUUGGUCUGGAUUAAAGUGGAUAAUGGAGGUAGUUAGAGAUUUAAGCAAGUGCCUUGUGUUUCCUGGAAACUAUUGAAACUCGUUUGGAUGAAAGAUUCUCAAAUGGUGAUAAUUAAUUACACCCUCUACCUUUUUCUUGGGAUAAUUUGGAGUCAUAUAGUAAAGUCCCAAAUGUCCUUGAUUUGCUAUUUUUGUUUGCAUGAAACUAUUCACAUUUGAUUUUGUUCCCACAUUAUAUAUGAUGGAGAAGCCAGAAUUACCUGGCAGAAUUUAAUUCUUCCUUGGAUCUAGUUCCCAUUUUUAAUGUUGGGUUCCUUUUUCAAAUCUGAUUACUCUAGCUGUAGCUCUCUAGAAUAACUUAAAACAUUCUUACCAAGUCCUUGGUCACAAAAGAUCAAAAGAAUUCUCAUUUCUUAAGGUGCUCAACAAAUCACCUUUGUUUUGAGAUGGUAGUCUUUCAAGUUACUGCUACUUACAACCCUUCUCAGUGAUGGGGCACUCAUCUGAACCUCUUGUGGUAUAUUUCAAUAAGUUACAUUCUUAGUCUUAGAGAACAUGGACAUUUUAGUGUUUGGAAUACCCCAAAUUUUAAAAGGUUUUGCUUUGUUUUAGGUUAGCUUCUUCUCUUCCUGAUGCUAUAAAAUAUAACAUGUUAGAUAUCCUAGCCACCUCCCCCAAAUGGUUUUCACUGUUUUUUAAAUUGUAUAAUGACCAGUAGAUUCAUCCAGUGGCAUGCAAUUGAUAAGUACUAUGGAUAUUUAAGAUGAUGGUAAAUAAUUUUAACUAUUUUUGCUAUAAUUUUAUAGGAGAAAUGGGCUGUAAAAGAAAUCUAUAAACCACAGAGAGCAUUUAGGAAACUUUAUAUUUUAUAGAGGGUCAUUAAUGUGUCCUUAAUUCAAGAUAUAAGGUAUAUAGUUUACACAAUCUUUGUUCUCCUCAUACAAAGUUUUUAUUCAUUUUCCUAUAGGUCAGCACUUUUCAUUGUUCCUUGUACUGCUUAUGCAGACUUCUUUUCAGUUUGCUUUAUUUGUGCUUUUCAGAGAGUUGUCAUACUCAUGGUAAUUGUGUUUGUGGCACCAUAAAUGCCAAAAUUCAUGGGAAACUUAAUGAGUGAUUGCCUAAGUAUUAUUUCCCUUCAAAUUGGGAUGGUGCCACAAUAAUCAGAGAAAAUGGAUGGCUUUUUUGAAGGCCAUGUAGGUUCCAUGACAUCUGGUCAUAGUGUAUUGCUUUAAGGGCACAGAAAAACAUUCUAUCUUAACUUGCCUUAUAUGACCAUAAGUCCUUGUUGUGCAAAGUGAAGCUUAUUUUAUUAUACUACUUUGUAUAAUGAAAAUAAGUCACAUUCUAGAGGGGGAGACCUGGAAUUUUUCUUUUCUUUUGUUUCUUUUUAAGAAACUCCUAUAUAGAAAUCAGAGCUACUCACUACCUUGUGCUCUUGAUUGUCCACGAGGAUUACUUGUAGUCCCUUUUUUAUCCCACGUUGGAAUUGCCCUCCUCUUCUAGAUUGCCUCCCCUUCGUGAUAAUCAUGAUAUCAGGACAGCGAAUGUAUAGUGUGUAACAUCAAAUGUGGUGAGGUAUUCUGAAAUCCUGCAGCAUGGACACAGAAUCUCUGUAGUUAAUGAAUUAGCUAUGGCUGAAUUGUUAGCAUGGAUUGUCAGAAGACUGCCAGGUCUUAGUAAGGAGGAGAAAGAUAGAGAUGAGGGGAAGGAAACCGCUCCCUUACUGAUAUUAGUAAUCUUCCAUGUAGUUAAUGGUCUAAAAAUUGUAUUUACUUCUUAAAAUCCAGGAUUGGAACUGGUAACAUAAAAAUAUUGACUUUUCUGUACAUUCCUCAUCAUUGGUUCCCCAGAAAAUAGUUAUUAAGAGUUUAUGAAACCAGAUUAAAUAUCCAUAUUCACUUCAGCCUUAUUUUUUCAAAUAAAAAUUUGAAAUUUCAGCUUUUGUGUAUUUGGUGUUCAUCACUGUUCAUGAAAUCAAGGAUCAGAAAGGAAGUGGAGAUGAGACAUCUCUGUAUUUCCCUUUGCACUUUGGGUACAGUGAGUGGCAUUAGUGUGCACUAGCUGCGAAUUUACAGCACCUUAUGGAACUAAGUAGUGUUUAUUUAUUAUAAUAGAAAAGUUAAGCUGCACUUCUGUAGAUAAUUGACUUUGCAGAGUGUAAAGCUAUCAUAUCUUCCAACAGGAUUUACUCUUUCAUUCUUAAUUGUUUUUGAAAAAUCUUAAAUAGUGUAACAUUCCUUUAUAUCCUUUUUAAUAGUUUUGAAUCUGGAGUAGAAGGGAUUGUUUUUUCCCAAAAGGGCUUCAUCAUUGCUAUCUUUUAAUCAUGCUUAGGGAUCCAGUUAUAAUCAAUAAACUUUAACAGUUUGUGGCCUCCUAUGUCAGCAGUGCAGUAAUUGGUUGUGAAUAUUAAAUUGAUUACUAUUUUCCCUCUGUAGCAUGUAAUUGCUAUGUUUUUGCAAAGAAGGUGUGACUAGAAACAAAUGUGAAAGAUCACUUAAACCAAAGCCAGUUUAAAGGAGUAUUCUCUCCUGUUGGUUUACCUUCACCUCAGAAUUACAAUAAUAUUACAAUGCAUAGUGAAUAAUUGUUUAUAACAUUUCUACCAGUUUCAAUUGCAUAUUGGUCUUGGCAUUUCUUGGCACUAUGGUUCUCUGUGAUGUCUUACUGUUUGUGAGGGUUUUUUUUUUUUAUUUUUAAUAACUAAGUGGGACUAUAAAUGUAGAUAUGUGUCAGUACUGAGUACUUUUCUCAAAUCCCCAAAUUUCUGGUUUUCAUUCAAGUCUUUUAUUCUAUUUUUUUUUCUUGCUGAGUAGCAAAAGACUUUUAUUUUCCACUUUUCCUAUAUACCUACAAAGUAUGAACACUGCGUUUCAAUUGAUUGUAUUGCAUACUUUUUUGCUGAAAACCUUUUCUGUAAACACAAUUGCCUUGUUCAGUUUUGUUGUAAACUGACUUAUCAUAAGAUGCACUGUUGAUAUGCUUUCUGAUGUGUUUGAUAAGAGUGAUAAAAUAAAGCUUAAAAAAUAAAGCAAUUUCUUUUUUCCCUGUUUAUACUUA